CUGUGCUCUCCUCCACGAAUAAAAAAAGAGAGGAAGGAAAGGCGUCGUUGUGGAUGCAGAUCUUGAGCUAGGCAGGCUGAGAAUAGACGUAGCGUGUGUUCUCCUAGCUUGCUUACAUAAAAGCAGUUGUGUGGAUUGGGAGAGAUUUUGCCCGUGUGUUGUUUUAGAAGCAGGAGAAGACGGAGAACAGAUAGCAAAGGGGUUGGUUAAACCGGAGGAGAGAGGAAUUCUUCUGAGUUGGCGUGAUUGGUGGUCCUGAGGUGUGGUAUUCCCCUCGUAAUUGCUUCACAGGACACCGCGACAGGUUGUGUGAUAUAACCGGGGUAUGCCAACACCAAGUCAUGACACUUGGACCUGAUCUCCUCCGCACGAGACACCUUCUUACUCCUUCCUCAUCAUCCCCACCAAUUCCUCCGUCGAUGGGGGACAAUUUUUCUUGAGCGUCUCGGGCAGGGCAAGAGCCACACAUGAAGACCAACGACAAGCCUCUGUUUACUUUUACCUGCUCCUCUUCACAACAACUAGAAGACUCGCUUUAGCAGUUUAGCUAGUCUUCGCUCCUGCUUUAGUCAUCAUCAGCUCCAAUCUCAUUUGGUGGAGUAGUGAGCCGGUAUCGGUAGGCAGUUCAGUCACUCAACGCUUACACCACACAACUCACCUGGCUUGUUGUAAACGCUGCAUUCUCGGGGUCACAAAUUUACACACAGUCUCCACACCACCAUUUCUCCUGUGCGCAUCGGACCAUGAGAGCCAGAGCUCUCGUAGGGUCCCAAAAUCAACUACUUACGACCAACUCAUCAACAGGAACGCUCAUGCACAUUGAGUGAGAACACUGUAUCGUUACAACUGUUAACUAUGGCUAACGUGUAGUACUUGCUAAAAGUCAUCAGAGGUAUUAAUUGCCUUGUAGUCGUCAAAUUUUAAGAAACUAGGAGGUGUGUUAACUCAAUUUUACAGUGCAAUAAUGAACUAAUAGUAACGAAGAAGUGGUGGCACUCAUUGCUGGAGAAAGUACUUUGUUGGGGAAAUUGACAAAAUCUCAGGAAACAAAACUGCUGCAAUUCAAGUUCCCCAUGUUGGUGACGUACACAAUGGACGUGGAAGAUAUGGGAACUCGAGCUCCACGUGAGAUCUCUGACUUUUCAAUUGCUUCAAUAAUAGGCAGAUCCGGUCGAGCUGCUGCCGAAGUUCUGAAACUCAAGGCCAAAAAUAAACUGCUGAGCAAUACGAUUCGACCAUUAGAGAGGUUUGUCGAGUCCACGCCUGGUUCAAUGAUGGACUCCCCAGAAUCUCUUACCACGGACAUCAAGGAAGAAAUGGGAACGAUUUUGGACGGCAGGGAAUCGCCCGACGUCCCUUCUUCCACAUCCGACUCCCGGGACACCAUUGAAGUGGUCAACCACGACGAAGGGGAUUUAAAAAGUGAAGGAAGCUGCUCUCCCGGUAAACGAUCUCCUAACAACAGCAAUCAGAGGUCUGGAAACGACAAAUCAACCCCUAAAAAUCCGCUUUUGAUUGAGCGAUGCAAUUGCGAGGAGUUGAGACACGUCAUCUGUCAUCUGGAAACCAAAGAGCUCUGGGACAAGUUUCACGAGCUGGGGACAGAGAUGAUCAUUACGAGAAGUGGAAGAAGGAUGUUUCCGGUAAUCAGAACGAGUUUUUCCAACCUGUCCCCUGACCAGAGAUAUGCCGUGUUGAUGGACAUUGUACCUGUGGAUAACAAGCGCUAUCGUUAUGCCUAUCACCGUUCGUCGUGGCUCGUGGCUGGAAAAGCAGAUCCUCCUGCUCCUGCGAGGCUUCACAUUCAUCCAGAUUCUCCAUUUAACGGUGAGCAGCUCAAGAAGCAGGUCGUUUCUUUUGAAAAGGUCAAGUUGACAAACAAUGAAAUGGAUAAACACGGACAUAAAUCUGCUUUCGAGAGCAAAUUGUUGGUACUAAACUCCAUGCAUCGUUACCAACCAAGAGUGCAUCUGGUCAAGUGGAGAGAAGGGAUGAUGUCCAGCGGAGCAUUUGUGAGUGACCUGGAGUCUGAAUCUUUCCGAACGUUUUUGUUUCCAGAAACAGUUUUCACUGCAGUUACGGCAUAUCAAAAUCAAUUGAUCACCAAAUUGAAGAUCGAUAGUAACCCGUUCGCUAAGGGCUUCAGGGAUUCAUCCAGGUUGACUGAAUUCGAAAGAGAGACGAUGGAGUCAAUGUUGGUGGAAAAUCAGUACAUGCGACCACCGAUGCGUCCCUUUGAGUUGGAAAUGGCAUCAAGUUCACUAACUCUAGAGGAGAAAGCAAUUCUGCAGGCUCGAAUGCACUUACUUGGUUUCCGAAACCCAUUCCCAUCUCCACCCGGAAUGAGCCACGGGAUGAGUCAACACCUGCAAAAUCAAAUGAACCACUUGAACGGAAUGUCAUCUAGUGGCUUUCCACCCUUUGGCCCUACAAGUCCAUCGUCAGCCCAAUCCGCACGUAUUUCCGACAUGGCGGCAGCAGCCAAUGCCUUGAACAUAAAUGGUAGUUUAUCUCAAUUGUACGCCAUGGCUGCAGCUAAUUCCAGCCAGAAUGUGUCGCAUCAUCUGAGUAGUCGUGGAGGAGCUGGUGGUGGUGGCAGUGGAAACAGUAAUGGUGGAGGAGCCUCCAGUCCCAAUAAUUGCCCUCAACCGGUCCCACUUCCCAUCCAGCUCUGGACCCAAUGGGCAAGUUUGCAUGGUUUAGGUCCAACGAUCUUGGCUCAUCAGGCACAAUUGGCAGCAGCUAUGGCCGCAGCUUCGUCGUCAAAUACUGUCCCGACCUCAAUGCCCUCAUCAGCAAACCACCAUCAUCAUCAUCCGUUCGCCAAUACCAGCCCAAUGUCCAACGGUGGUUCUAAUGGAAGCAGAGCUGGUAGCCCACCUGGGAAUAAUGUCGCUGGGAGUAAUAAUGACUCGUCCUGCACACUUCGCCUUCCACGGCCCUUUUAUCCAGGAAGUCCUUCAUCAAUUGGGCCAGCCACGAGUCCAUUAGGAACGGGAAUCCAUCGUUAUUCACCGUACUCGAUUCCCAUGAAUAAUCUAGGACGGGUUAAUCACGGUGGUGCAGGCGGAGGGGGAGGAAGCAACAAAAGUCCGUCAUCGUUAGGAUCUCCAGAUUCCGGUCGGGAUGAGACAAUCUCAUAAUUUGAGACCGAAACUGAGGUAAUUGCGGUCUUUUUCUCAUUUCCACGUAAGGACCAGUCCCAUUUCCAUAUCAGGACACCGUAGUAGUGACAACAUAUAAAAAAGGCGUAACCUUAGCGUAACCUGCUCCUGAUCCAACAUUCCACAUUUUAUGCUUUAAAAUGUUUGCAUCAAUAAUAAUUAUUAUUAUUA